UUCUGCCAAUUUUGGGAUAAUUUCUUCUGAAGUGGGUAAUUUUUGGGGGUAAUUUCUUGCGUGUUGUGCCACAGGAAGCCAGCGUGGAAGGACGGCUCCACGGCCACCUGCGUGCUGGUGGUGGACGACAUGGUGUACGUGGCCAACCUGGGAGACAGCCGGGCGGUGUUGUGUCGGAUGGAGGCGACAGGAGCAGCAGAUGCAGCGAGGAGGUCGGUGACUCUGGCUCUCAGUAAAGAACACAACCCGACCAUCUACGAGGAGAGGAUGAGGAUCCAGCGGGCGGGCGGCACCGUCAGGGACGGCAGGGUGUUGGGUGUCCUUGAGGUGUCGCGGUCAAUCGGAGACGGUCAGUACAAACGCUGUGGAGUCAUUUCAGCCCCUGACCUGAGGAGGUGUCAGCUGACAGACAAUGACAGGCAAGAACACGACGAGCGCCGAGGAGGACGGAAAAACACGCGAGUUUCUGUUUUCUACAGAAAUAAAUAAAUGAAUACGAGAGAAAAUAUAAGAAUAAAUCGAUGCUGAAAUAAACAAAUAAAUGCAUGAAUAAAUACAUCUGGAAAUAAAUACUUAACUGCAUAAAUUAAUACAUUUGAUAGUUACAAGGGACAUGAAUGAAUAUCUUAAAUGUAUUUAUUUG